UGCGGCAGUUGGCAAACUCGUCGGCAGACAAAACCACUCAAAAGAGGGGGGAUACAGACCGAAAGACUUGUCGAGCGGUGAGGGAUAGAGGAAAAGGAGGGCAAGUGAAGAGUUCUAUAAUUCGUUUCUGCAGACUUUCUACUUAAUGACCGAUUCCCGGGCAUUGUCCGAUGUUGGGUUGAUAACUUAAACCUACGCGUAAAUACUACCCGAAGAUCUUGCGGAAGCCGCAGUACCCGUUUGACCACCGGUCUGGUGGGGUGGAGUAAGAUCUGGACUUAACGUACAGAACAGGUCGUGAAGUGCUGGUUGGAAUUUAUGUUUGUGGGAAUUUAGGCUUGGAUUCUUGGUUCACGGUUCUUUGGAUUUCAAAAGUCAACGAUUUAAGCCAAAAGUCUCGCACUGAUGUAGCCUUGGCUUUUGAACCAGGACAAGGGGAGACCACCGCAGGCACGCCGGGGGCAGCGUCGUAAAGCUGUCUGACAACGGGGAACUCAGCUGGACACAAAAAGGCCCUCAGUGCUAUGUCUGAGAAACACAUUGUUCUUCCGGAUGAGUCCGGGUCUGAGGAAGAGCUGCACUCCUUUACCAACACCUACCAGUUGCUUGGGUCACCUAUUGCUAAGAUUCCACCCAAUGUACGGUCUCAAGGGGGCUUACAGGGAAUUGGUCAACAUCGUGACCCGAUCUCCCGCCAUGCUCAGGCUCCUGCGUGAAAGUUUUGGCGCAAACAUCGGUGACUGUGGACAACGCUGCCUCACUUUCUUACCACAAAGAACAAGUUCGGCUUAUUCUGACACCAGUCUGAUAGUGCUAUCUGCUUAUUACUCCACCGAGUUUACGACGAUUCACCCUGUUCCUCUUAUGUUUGUCAUGAAGGAGACGGCACUAAACAGUCUCCGCUACAGACUCCUCAAUGUGCGCUAUGCCGGCCAACAGUUCAAGUCUGUGCCUGAGCUACUCAACGCCUACAGAAAGCCCGGCCUACGCAAGAUACGGAGACUUUUCCCUCAGAGCUCCCCUGGCGAAACCUCAACACUGGGCUCUAUGAACCUCCGGGGUCGGAAAUUCCCGCCUAUAGCCCAGGAGGGACCUAAGGAAUAUGAACCUCAGGGAAAGCGCUACAGUAUCAAGAAUCAGCACGUGCAGUAUCUGGACUGGAGCUUUAACCUGAGGAUCUCGACCAGUAGCGGUCCACAGGUGUGGGACGUCAAGUGGGCUGAUCAGAGAGUGGCCUAUGAGAUCAGUCUGCAGGACGUGGGCGUCAUCUACGCCGGAGCUAACCCUGCCUCCUUUUACGCACAUCUGUCAGAUAGUGCCUUCGGUUUGGGCGACCAGGCUUACGGUCUGAUGCCUGGUGUGGACUGCCCCGACCACGCUACUUUCCUGCCUCAGACCAUCUAUAGUGCGGACGAAAGUGGAGCCAAGACCCUGAAAAACGCACUCUGUUUGUUCGAGCACAACACAGGACUUCCUCUGCGUAGACAUAGAUCCAACGAUGAUGCAAACGGAAAGACGUACGGUGGCUUGGUGGAUCGGGUGCUUGUAUUUCGUUCCAUUAUUGUGGAGUACAACUACGACUACAUCUUCGACAUGGUCUUCCAUCAAAACGGAGCUGUUGAGUUGAAGACAUACGCCACUGGCUACCUCAUGACACAGAACUAUUUUCCUGAUGAGGCCCCUUUCGGGUUCAAAAUCACCGACAGUAUUGUAGGUUCAAUACACCACCACAUAUUCAACUUUAAAGUUGACCUGGAUAUCCAAGGGCAAUCCAACAGCUAUAAGACAUUAGAUUUCCAACUGAACAAUCAGACAUGGCCUUGGCUUGUCGGGACAGGUGGUCCAUCUAUACAGCAACUUUCUUUUAAGCAACAUUUGAGGAGGACUGAAAAGGAGGCUUUACUCAAAUACAACUUCUCACAGCCAAAGUACUACAUUGUAUCAAAUGACGAGAAAGUGAACAAGCAAGGACUUCAACAUGCAUACAGAAUCGACGUAAAAGGUUUCUCCAAGCAGAUUCUGCCCGACGAUUCACCAGUACUCAACAGUCGACGAUGGUCAGCCUAUCAGUUGAUGGUCACUCGGCGAAAGGAACAGGAGGAGAGCAGUAGUUCCAUCUUCUCCAUGUUUGACGGCGCUGACCCUGUGGUGGACAUCAGCCGGUACUGGGGCGAUGAUGAGGAUAUCACACAACAGGACCUAGUGUUGUGGGUGUCGGUGGGCAUGCAUCAUAUCCCACACACAGAGGACCUCCCCAACACUCCAACAGUGGGCACAGAGGCCACAGUCUCACUUCUCCCUUACAACUUCUUCAACGAGUGCCCAUCAGUUGGUUCCCGAGAUUCGGUUCGCGUCGAUGGAAAAGAAACGGGACUUCAGAUCCAAAAUUACGGAUUACCGGCCACAUCCAAAGAUUCGUGUCUACCUUUUGAGUAUAACUACAGUUCUCUAAUUCAGGACAAGUCGAAUCUGUUUCCUUGAGUGAUGAAUCGUUUCAUCUGUUGUGUGUGUGCAAGGAGUGCGCUUGCUGAAACACAAAAGCAUAUUUAUUAUCUGUGAGAAAGACAAAAAGAACUAAGCAAGACGAAGGGAGAGAAUGGGAGAUUGAGAGAAGAAACUGACUGGCGACAAAGAUAGUGUAUAAUGUGUGUGGUAUAUUUUGAUUUAUAAUAUACUCCACAGACCACAUAAUAAUACAUGUAUUAUGUGUGUGUUUGUUUGUGUGU